CUACGCAAGCGGAAGUGCAAUGUCGUGUUCAAUGUAAUGUUACGGACGGUUUCUGUGUAUGUAAAUCGAAUUUACAGUAUAAUUGACAGCUCUUUUGCACCUCGCUUUUUCUCCUCGCAAUUUGGACGCUCGUCUUCUGACUGGUAGUCAUUAUUAUUGCUUGUCAAUGAGCCAGCCGCUUAUCUCAAUGGAAGCGGACGCCUCGGCCUCCGAAGACCCAGGGAGGAAGCGUAGGGUCCACGGUAUGUUGAAGCUCUACUACGGGCUCAAUGAAGAAGGAAAGGCGGAUGAGAAGCCACAGUCCCUGGAUCCCUGUGACAUCAACGGGCCGCACUUUGACCCAGAGCACUACCUAAACAAGCUUCGACGAGAAUGCUCUCUUUCCGAGUUGAUGGACCAUGAGACCUGCAUGGUCAAGCAGAUCCGUUCUUUGGAUAGUGACAUGCAGACGCUAGUAUAUGAAAACUACAAUAAAUUCAUAUCAGCUACAGAUACCAUCAGAAAGAUGAAGAAUGAUUUCAAAAAGAUGGAGGACGAAAUGGACUGUCUGUCUGCAAACAUGGCGGCGAUCACUGAUUUUAGUGCUCGCAUCAGUGGUACCCUUGAAGACCAGCAUGCUCAGAUUACAAAACUCUCAGGGGUCCACACUUUGUUAAGAAAGUUGCAGUUUCUAUUUGAACUGCCCGCCAGGUUAAACAAAUGCUUGGAGCUGCAAGCUUACGCUCAAGCAGUGAGCUCCCACCGGCGUGCUCGUUGUGUGCUGCAGCAAUACAGCCACAUGCCUUCCUUCAAGGGCAUUCAGGAUGACUGUCAUGCCAUCAUGGACAAGUUGGCGCAGGAGCUUCGGCAGAAGUUCAGGGACGGUGGCUCGAGUGCUAAAGACUUAUCAGAGUGUGUGGAGCUCCUGUUGCAGUUGGAUGAGCCAGCAGAAGAGCUGUGUGAAAAGUUCCUGAGCCACGCCGGUUCUCGCCUGGAGUCGGACCUGCAGGGCCUGGAAGCUGAGAUUAAGCCCAGCCCGCCUGCAUCAGCAGCAAAAACUGCUUUGGCACGCAAGCCUUCACCUGGCGCCACCGCCGGGUCGCCCAAAACAAGCGCUCUUCGUUCUCCCUCCUCCAACACCGACAUCCUGGAGUUCAUCGACAGAGGCUGCAAUGAGUUUGUCAGCAGCUUGUGUUUGGUCAUUACAUCAUAUCAAGAACUUUUCAUCAACCACGCUCAGACGGGCGAGCUAGCAUCCAAGAAUAUUCCUCAGAUGGCAAAGAGUAAGCUGCACGCCUUUGUGGAUAAGCUGGCCACUCGCUAUUUCUCGCUUGUGGAGCGAAGGAUCCAAGAGGAAAAGGGGGUGGCGGAUAACUCCCUCUUGGUCCAUGCCCUCGACCGAUUCCAUCGCAGACUCCAAGCUGUGGCCAAGCUGCUGCCGGGCUCCUCGGUGCCCAACCAAGGCACCGAGAUUGUGAUCCGCGCAGCGACCGAGCGAGUCAAGCAGUACCUGGCUGCGCUCCAGAACUUCUACAUGGACAGCUUGACGGACGUGAGGCAGGCCCUGGCGACGCCUCGCCUCUCGCUGGCCGCUCCGGGGGCCGGCUCUCAUCUCGGCGGCCCGGCUUCUGGCAGAGAUGGCGCAAGCAGCCUCCCGGACCUGCUGUCCUCCCUGUCAGCUUCCAUCUUAAAUCAGAUCAAGUCUGUGUUGGCGUCUGUGCAUCUGUUCACAGCCAAGAACAUCACGUUCUCCAACAAGCCGUACUUUAAGGGGGAAUUUUGCUACCAAGGCGUCCGCGAGAGCCUGAUUGUGAGUUUCAUCAAGUUUGUAUGCCAGUCCUCUCGUCAGUUUUGCGAGAGCGCAGGAGACAAAGGAGGCUCCACCCCGCCAGCCCUCCUGUUGCUCCUUUCCCGACUCUGCUUAGACUACGAAACCUCCACAAUCUCUUACAUCCUCACUCUUACUGAUGAACAAUUCCUGGCGCAGCACCACAGUCCGGUAACGGCAGUCACUGCUCUAUGCGCGGAAGCCAGGGAGGCAGCACAGAAACUACUCAACCAUUACGUGAAGGUCCAAGGCCUUAUUAUUUCCCAGAUGCUUCGAAAGAGCGUUGAAACACGAGACUGGGUCAACACGAUCGAACCCCGAAAUGUGCGUGCGGUGAUGAAGAGAGUUGUCGAGGACACCACCUCCAUUGACGUGCAGGUGGGGCUUCUGUAUGAGGAAGGUGUGAGGAAAGCGCACAGUAGUGACUCCAGCAAAAGGACGUUCUCGGUCUACAGCAGCUCAAGGCAGCAAACUCGCUAUGCCGCAAGCUACACACCAAGCGCUCCCAUGGACACCAAUCUGUUGAGCAACAUACACAAGCUGUUUUCUGAGCGCAUUGACAUCUUCAGCUCAGUGGAGUUUAAUAAGGUCUCAGUCAUGACGGGAAUCAUCAAAAUCAGCUUAAAGACAUUCCUGGAGUGCGUCCGGUUGCGUACUUUCGGACGCUACGGGCUGCAGCAAAUCCAGGUCGACUGUCACUACCUGCAGAUGUACUUGUGGCGUUUUGUGUCUGACGAAAACCUCGUACAUUUCCUGCUGGAUGAGAUAGUCGGAAGCUCUGCCCACCGCUGCCUGGAUCCUGCUCCGAUGGAGCAGAGCGUCAUUGAAGUUAUCUGUGAACGAGGUUAAAAGCUUAAAGCUUAACUUAACCACAGCAUUAACACCACUACUGGAUAUUAUCAAACACUGGAAUUUUACUGUUUUGUUGAGUGUUCUGCUAAAUGUUGCUUGUAGCAUGAAAACAUUCAUUAGGCAUUCAUAGCAUAUCAGUGUGUUCAUACAGUAAAAAAGUCUUGAUUAGACAAAUGUACAUAAUAAAAAUAUGAAUAAAAUGAUUAUCCCCUCAA